AUGGCUGAAAAAGGCAGCGCCUCUCCAUCCUCUUCUGGUCCAUCUCCGGAAGAGGAUCGGGAUCAAGAUCAGGAUGUCUCUUCUCCGGAGCCUUCAGACCAAUUGUCGCAGCAUAAGGCCUCAACCGCCGCUGACAGCCAUGGGAAACCGUCCGUUCCGAUGCAGAAGCGACGUCGCGUGACUCGAGCAUGUGACGAGUGUCGGCGCAAGAAGAUCAAGUGUGAUGGCAAACAGCCAUGUACACACUGCACCGUCUACAGCUAUGAUUGUACAUAUGAUCAGCCAUCCAACAGGCGGCGCAACCCGGCACCUCAGUACAUCGAGGCCCUCGAGCAGCGAUUACAGAAAUCAGAGGCGAUCCUGCAAUCGGUACUACCCGGAAUCGACCUCGAUGACCCCAAAUUCGAUGCUCGGGGUGUCGACCAGAUCGUGGAAUCGACUCGCGCGCGAUUACAUGCUAGGCAACCAUCCGCGGCGAAGCCUCAAGAUGAUGAUGGCGAGAUUCAGCCUAUGGUCGAACAGAUAGGUCUACUCGAUCUUGAUGAUCAGGGUCAUUGGGAUUUUCAUGGGAAUUCUUCCGGCUAUGCCUUCAUGCGUAAAUUCAGAUCACAAUUUGGCGAACAGUUCCUGCCGAUAGCGAAUCCUCGGGUCACAUCCAAAGCCCGCAACAUAGCGCAACUGCUCGAAUCCCCGAAAUCUGCUCAGUCUUCGCCCUAUGAGAGCACUCUCCCAAUUAAUGUCGAUCUCCCCACUAAAGAAGCCGCUAUCGAGCUAUGUCGCAAUACACUGGACGACUGCUGCGCUUUGAUGCGACCUUUACAUCGACCAACUUUCUUCCGCCGUCUCCACUCGAUAUACGAAACCGAGCCCGAGCAGUACAGCAACGAGCAAAUGAAAUUCCUGCCGCUUCUUUAUAUCGUAAUUGCAGUUGGCUUCUUAUUCUCGGAGACAGACACUGCCAACAGUAUGCUCGAAAUCAAAGGAUAUGGCGAAGCGAUUGAGCAAGGAUACCGCUAUCUGGAUGCCUCGAAGCAAAUGCUUGACAUUACGGACUGCCGCGAUCUUAUCACGAUCCAAACAAUUUUCUUCAUGAUUCUGUUCCUCCAGAGUUCCGCUAAGCUCGCGACCUGUUACGCAUACAUUGGAAUCGCCCUAAGAGCAUGUUGCAGGCUGGGUCUACACAGAGCCAUUCCGAACAACAAGUUCAAUGCCAUUGAGCUCGAAGAAAGAAAGCGAAUAUUCUGGCUGGUGCGCAAGAUCGACACGUAUGUUGGAGGCAUGUUAGGUUUGCCACAGAUGUUAAGUGAUGAAGACAUUGAUCAAGAGCUGCCUGCCGAAGUCCACGACGAAUGCAUUACAGAAGGAGGAAUCCAACCAAUUCCCCCAAAGAGCAUCCCACUUAUGAGAGCGACGAAUUCACAUACGAAGCUCACAUUCAUCUAUCGAAAAGUGGUACGUUAUGUUUACCCCAUACAAAAGUCGGCCAGCUCGUCUCUCAAUGGCAGCUACACCAUCAGCCAUGCCAGGAUAAGAGAGCUCGAGCGCGACCUACAGCUAUGGAUGGACGAGCUACCUGUGGAGCUGCGGCCUUCAGAUAACGCUCCGAUCGAACUUUCUCGCGUCCAGCAGCUUUUACGAAUGUCCUACGCCCAUGUUCAGAUGAUGAUGUAUCGGCCUUUCAUCCACUAUGUAUCCCAGGCUUGUCAAAACGGGGUCCAGAAAACCGAUAAACGAAGCUUUGCGUGCGCCGCGGCGUGCGUCAGCGUUGCACGCAAUAUUGUCCACAUUACGACUGAGAUGAAGAGAAGGGGUCUAUUGGUAGGAGCGUAUUGGUUUGUCAUGUACACUACUUUCUUUGCGAUCAUUUCUCUGGUUUACUUUGUCCUUGAGAAUCCAAACAGUCCGACCGGGGCGGAUAUCCUCAAGGAUGCGUUGGAAGGUCGUGAGACAUUGGCGAGCCUGGCGCAGCGUAGCAUGGCGGCUGAUCGAUGUUCAGAAUCGCUUGCGAGCCUAUUCAAUGAACUUCCCGAAAAGCUCAAGGAACGACGCAAUUCCAGCAAUCCGCCAUCAACCAGCCGCAAACGAGGCGCACCCGCCUCCGAAAGCGGCCUCAAUAACACACCCAGCCGCGAGAAUACCAUGACACCUAACCGUGCGCGCACCCUCCCGCACGACUACCUAGCCAAGGUUGCACAGCGCAAUUCCAUGGCUGACCCUAGCGAAGGAAUCAGCUCUAUCUCCAACCCGCACCUCAUCAAUCUUAAUUCUCCUGUCGCCUCUUCGCCCAUGUCCGCACAACCAUUCGAUUAUCCUACCCAGCCGCUCGGACAGACUCAGAUUCCCGACCUUAAGAACGUUAUGUUUCCUUCCGACAAUCCCUUCGCCUAUCCCAAUCAGCCAAUCUCCACUCUUGAGAGCGCUGAUGCACGCUACAACAGCUUUCCCACAGACACUACAUCGUCGGCAAUGGACUCACCGUUUGCGGGGUCGAAUGAGAACAGUACGAGCAUGUUAGGCACGCCCGUCAGCAUUCCAUCUCAACCACAUUUGCCAAUGACCUCGAAUCCAGAGCAACAGCGCAGAGCCGGCCCCGGGCAUCCGCAACAGUUGGAUAUGACAACACUGCAGCGGCUAUACGAGGAAAAUCCGCAACUCGCAGCGCACCUGGCGCAGCAACAGAGGCAAUUCGCGGGGCAGGGUAUACCUCAGGGUUUUAUGCAGGAGCAGCAGGCUGGUGGCGGUCAUCAACAGCAGCCAACGCAGCAAAUGUUUGGGAUGCAGGGAGCAGCCGGCAUGCCAGAGGACUACUGGACUCAAAUGGGCAAGGCCGGCGUCCCAACCAGGACGGGAUUUACGCCAGGUGGCACUGUCAACCUGGAUGAAUUGUUUGGUGGAGGAGACGGCUGGGGCCCCGGUGGCAUGUGGGAGGCUCAGGGCUUUCCUAGGCAGUGA